AGAAAAUCGACUGCCCACAAUUAGCGAUACUAUAGCAACCGGGAAACAUUUGUGGAGCGAUGUGAAAUGUUUCCUGACGACCAAAUCGAUUGUAAAUUGGCAAAAGUUUCUGCUUGGUAAAAUCUACGUUUUUUUUUGUGUACUUUUUUUGAGAUAAUCUUUGAUAAAAAAGCCCAAUUACCCUCCAUAAAAAUGAUUCAUAGACGCUUCCGUGUUAAAAUGUCCGUUGAAAUUGACACUGUGACUUGUCCGGGAGUCUGGCUUUGUCCAUACGGUCGAGUAGAAUUGACUUUCCGGACAUUGGGAUAUCAUUUCAAGACAAAUGGCGUUGAACCGAGAUUUCCGUUGCUGUUCCAUGAGAAAUUCCACCUCGAGGGCUUCUAUCGGGACAAUGUACGGUCUCUGGCUAGCUUGGAAGUUCACCUGGCUGCUGAAAGGGUGGAUUUCGCAAUGUAUCAGCGUGGAACGAGAUUGGCCUUUUUCACUGGGCAACUGGGGACUCUAAUUCGGUGCAAUACAAAUACAUCUCUUCCGGAAAUUCAUUCCCAAAUCCUCAUGCGGCCUACGCAAUCCUUCCCAGGGAUUAUUUCGCCAAAAAUUAGUCUUGUCACGAAGGUUCAAGUGCAUGAAGAUACUCCAGGGUUUCCGCCUAAAAUUUACUACUUAGUUUUUGGAAGUGAUGCCCAGAGAAUUGAACGACAAUGCUCCAAAAGCCCAAAAGAUGAAUUGGGUCAAUGCCAGGGAUGUUUCCGGAAGAGACAGCGUCCAGUGUGUCAUGUGAGGCAGUCUCAUGUGCCAGGAUAUUGCUCAAAUUAUCCCCAUCGCUUCAUGCCAAUUCGUCAUGAGGCCAGAAAGUGCCAUUCGACAGAUGAUCGAUCACACAGUCCAUCAACAGACGACGAGGAUUCCUCAUAUGCGCACUCACCCAGGAAUCGUGAAUGCAUGAACCAAUGUGAUCUGAAGGUUGAUGCUGAUAACAAAGACUGCCCUUCCCAACACUGCCCAUUCCAAGAAGCUCAGCAUUGCUCCAAAUCAUGUGGGAUUUGCAGAGAAUACAGAAAUAUCUUUCCACUUCGACGUUCUCUUAGUCAAUCUUUGUAG